AUGGCUGCCUUCGCAAAGAGUGCUGCCUUCGAAAGGAGUGCUGCCUUUCCACAGAGUGCUGCCUUUGCAGGGAGUGCUGCCUUUGCUCAGAGUGCUGCCUCCGUAAGGACUGCUGCCUUUGCAUGGACUGUUGCCUUCGUAAGGAGUGCUGCCUUUGCAAGGAUUGCUGCCUUCGCAAGGAGUGCUGCCUUCGGUAGGAGUGCUGCCUUCGCUAGGAGUGCUGCCUUCGCAGGGAGUGCUGCCUACGCUGGGAGUGCUGCCUUAGCAAGGAGUGCUGCCUUCGCAAGGAGUGCUGCCUUCGCUAGGAGUGCUGCCUUCGCAAUGAGGGCUGCCUUUGCAGGGAGUGCUGCCUUCGCAAGGGGUGGUGCCUUCGCAAGCAGUGCUGCCUUCGCAAGGAGUGCUGCCUUUGCAAGGAGCGCAGCCAUCGCAAGGACUGUUGCCUAA